AUGUCAGCUACGAGUUUUCAUUUCGCAGCGUCAGGGAAAAGCAUUCAUCAUCUGGAUGCCGUUGGUGACGUUAGAUACUGCAGUGAGCAAGGGAUCGUGUCCGAUAUCCUGAAUAAUAUCGGGAGCGGCACUCUGGUCUUUGCUAUAGUAGAUAAUCGCGGGGAUGGAGAGGAGCUACUGAGGAUGCUGUUUACGAGUUUUGCGGAUACGUGGGGGAGUCCGCUUGGCGCCUGGACGCAGUUUGGUGUAUCAUUUAUUGAUGAAGCUUCGUGCGAGUUGCUUCAGUACCAGUGUGAUCGCCAUUCCGAUAUUGUAAGUAUCAUUGAAGAUGAAGGCGCUCAGUACCGAUGUUGUUCAGUAACCGCCUCCGUGGUAGAACCCACGAGUGAUUCCUUCGAUUUUUUGAGAGUCACUCUGACCCUGGUGAUUUGGAGUGAGAGAAGUGGUGACAAAGAUUUUCUCCGAACAGCAGAAAUGGUGACAACAGCGCAAGGGAUAAAGCUGGGGUCUAUCUUCUUUUACUUUGCUUCUGAAGAUAUUUCGUUUGUGGACCGAUGUUUGUCCAUGGCCAACAAACUUCGGGAUGUUUGUCUCACUCGCACCCUUGGGUCUAACAAAAAAAGAGACUUUGAUACACUUUUGAAACAGGUGAGGGGAUGGUCACUCUUCACAAACGAGUUCUAUCGUAUGGGUCCGCAGUUGGAGGGUCCGUAUUUAAUCAAUCUCAAUCCCCGUUUGGUUGUCGGAGAGAAGCUUGCCCACCUUGUGUCGCGUGGUGUUAGUUGGAUUGUGGCGGAUGGGUCUAGUGCGAGUUACAGCGAUAUUGUUGUACUUCCAUUGGGUUGUGGUAGCGAUGGGAAAAAUCCUGGAAAUGUGUUCUCACCUCACUGCAGUCUUAGUUACGAAGGGGAAACUGUGUUUAUCCGCCCAGAGUGCGGUAUGACGUACGUUAACGGAAAAUUUUUAUCAUGCGAGACAGAGUUACAGCAUGACGAUCGUAUUUUGCUGGGGAGUGGAAUGGCCUUUCGCUUCGUCUUGGUAACUGCAAAGGAGCAGCAAGAACAAUCGCCAAGAGUCGUUGAUUGGGAAUCUACUUUCAAAGAGUUCGAGAUGGCGGCAGUGAACGUUACCAAGGAGGCCGAGCUACGCCAGCUCAAUGAUGAGGUUGCAGACUUACGCGAGGAGUGCGACCAACUUCGGCUUCAGCUCCAACAGGGAAGCCAAAGGAGUAACAAGGCGUGGUUGGUUCUCAGUAAUCCUUCGGACACCCACGCAGGGCCUUGUGUUUGGGACUUGUGUUGGAUGGUUGACGGUGAUUCUGUAACCCUUGGGCCAGGGGGUGACAUCUCUCCCCAUUUAACCGAAUCUGCUGCAAUUUUACGAACGGCGGAGGGCUUCGUAUGCCGUUCGGACUCUGGGGACACGGAGCUGGCUCAUCUACAGCCAUUUACUAUAGGAGGAGGCGUAUUUUCAUUAUGCCUACAGAGUGCUCUGGUGAACGCGAAGAGCAGCGCGGCACAGAGCGGCUCGAGUUCCGAGCUGGCUAGGUUGGAGCGCGAGCGAGGGGAUGAUGUAAACGAAGUUAAGAGAACUCUUUAUACGCUGCAGUGGACAAUCGCUCAUUUGUUGGACUUCGCUUUUCCAAAAGGAAAGGGGGCUGCCGACGACUUGAAUGAUGUUGCAGAUCCGCCAAUCAGGGCGCUGGUAACAGACUACAGCAUAUACACAGAUGGCGAGUUUACGCUGCAGGGGCUGGCAGCGCAGGCAAGGACCAUGAUUGAAGCGAUACAAAUGUCUAUGUCCAGAAUGGCAGGGGAAAUCAGUGGCGUCCUUACGCCGGUGAAACGUGCUGGUGGUGACGUUCGACUCCCCGAGACUCUGAGAGAAGGAACCCUUGGACGAGUUAAGAGGGAAAAAUAUCUUUCGUGUGAGACAAACGAAAAAGUGGCAAAUUCAGCACGGAGAGCACUAACCGAUCUUAAUUCGAGGUCAAAGAGACCCCACAAGUCUACCAUUUCUCAACUAAGUGAAGAGGAGUUACAUGCACGUACGCUUGACCACCUUAGCGCCCAGGUGAUGAUUUUAAAAGCCAAGUGUUUCGUUGCUGCUCCCUUAGUUGUGAGGCAGAUGAGCGUAGCCCUGCAAGUUCUUUCCUAUGCCUGUGAUUCUAAAAUACAAUUGAAACGGUACAUCAGGGAGCUGGACUUGAUAUUGGAGAAGGACCCAAACGUGGUGGAGCUCAAUGAGUGCAAGAAGCGGAACAUCGCACUCGCUCUCGUUGACGUGCUUGUCUCUUUGAAUUAUGUAAUGAGAAACUGUCACUUUACUCUUGCUGAUAGGGAAACCGUGGAUAGCCGACUGAAGCAAUGGACAUCCAUUGCCGACAUUUGUAUUCCCGUUAUCAGCAAUGCCGAAUCGUGGAGGCACAAGCCAAACAUGGAUCCAAGUCUCAUGGCUCGGCAACGGCGUGCGCCUGCUGCUGUACACAAUACUGCCCUUGCAAGUGCUGCCACUGUAAACGCUACUACCACCAUUUUGAACACGCGGAGGACGCGUUUGCAGCCGACCACACCGCGUGAGGUGGGGCAGACGCUGCGCAGUGCGCCGCCGGGUGGACAGGAGCAUGUUGCGGCUUCGUACACAGUGCAUCAAAGACGGCAGAUGCUGAGCGGCACACCGGCUUCAACGUUAAGAAAGGCCCCAGCCGCCGACUCAGUUAAUCGGGGAGUGAGCAAGUCAUCGUUUCCCAAGCACAUUCCUGUUUCCCCCCGGUUGGGCGCGCACGCUAAGGCAUCUGGAAAGGUGACACCAUUGCGACUCAACCUUGCCACGCCAUACCAAUGCGCAGUAAGCAGCCCAAGGAUCAACUCGGCCGCAAGGUCCGUGCCGCCUGAUGUAUCUAAUUUUAAUUCCUCAAGAACAGCGACGAUGGGACGGUCUGCGACCACUGGGACACCUCUCAAAGCAAGAAAGGCGUGA